AAAAAGACCAUCCCACUCCCAUGCCUCGCCGACGUGUCCAUCCGCAUCCUCCUCCUCUUUCCGGCCAUACCGUUGUUAUUGUUCUCUACUACUACUGUUGCAGAAGCUGUAUCCACCCCUGGUCUUAUCGACAGUGGUAUCCUUUUUUGGGUCUUUUUUUAUCUUGCAGCAUUCUCCUGAAUUGACUUUACACAAACUAUCAUCUUGCACAACCGACCUUCACAAACCAAGGGUACAUACAUACCAGAACAGGACCCCGCGCCUUCUCCCCUGUCUGCACAUCAUCUACUUUUUUUCAUCGCUGUCGUCGCCCACCGCCCACCAUGCAUCGCACGUAUUCUAUGCGUCAGACGAGGGCGCCCACCGCGUCCCAGAUACAGAACCCCCCUCCACCUCCCUCGAGCACCAAAUCCGGCCGUCUCUUUGGCCGUGGUGGAUUCGGUCAUGCCCUUCGCGCUCGGACGGCCGGUGCGUACGGCCCGGACCUGGCAAAGAAGUUGUCGCAGCUUGUCAAGAUGGAGAAGAACGUCAUGCGCAGCCUCGAGACGGUCGCUAAGGAGCGAAUGGAAGUUGCUCAACAACUCUCCAUCUGGGGUGAGGCCUGCGACGAAGACGUUUCCGAUGUCACCGACAAACUCGGCGUCUUGCUCUACGAGAUCGGAGAACUCGAGGACCAAUAUGUCGAUCGCUACGACCAGUACCGGGUGACCAUUAAGAGCAUCAGGAAUAUCGAGGCCUCGGUACAGCCCAGCCGAGACAGAAAGCAAAAGAUCACGGACCAAAUUGCCCAGCUCAAGUACAAGGAGCCAAACUCGCCCAAGAUCGUCGUCCUCGAGCAAGAACUCGUCCGCGCCGAGGCCGAGUCGCUGGUGGCCGAGGCCCAGCUCUCCAAUAUAACACGUGAGAAGAUCAAGGCCGCCUACACAUACCAGUUCGACGCCCUGCGCGAGCACUGCGAGAAGGUAGCCAUCAUCGCCGGCUACGGAAAGCAUCUCCUCGAGCUGAUCGACGACACCCCCGUCACACCCGGCGAGACCCGCGCAGCCUACGAUGGAUACGAAGCUAGCAAGGCUAUUAUCCAGGACUGCGAGGACGCUCUUACGAACUGGGUUACGCAGAACGCCGCCGUCAACUCGAAGCUCUCGGUGCGCGCCCGCACCCUGUCCACGCGGCGUCGGAACAACAUCAAGGCACGCAGCGAGGGCGGUCACGACCUGUCAGGGCAAGAUGCCCCGCUCCAUGAUCAGGACUCCUGGGUGCCAGCAGGCCAACACAAGGGCGAGUACGAUAACUCCGAAGAGGACGAGGAGGAGGACGAAGAUGAGAUUGCCGGCAGCGAGAGUGGGCUCAACGGGGAACAUCGAGGACGCACGCACGAGGCCAUCGCAGCGUGAGGCGGGGUUUUUUCUCUUUGGAAAGGGCUGUGAGACCAAACUAAAUGAGCCGACAACGAUUUAAAACUUAAUGUUCUAAUGACGGCACUACAUAAUAUGGGAAUAGUUGCGCCAUGGUGGCAUAUACACAGACAAGCCAGCAAAGCGCAGGAACUCUCAGGUUUUCUGCAGGGGCAACGCAAGGAAGUUGGGAGACAUGGGGCGCGGCAACAAGUUGGGCGGCAAUCUAUUACGACAAGUGAAUUUUGGUUUUUAAGUAUAAUCCGUUUUAUUGUAGUGUUAGGCAGCAAUAUGGACUUUCAGCCUUUUCAGUGCAAGCCC